AUGAUUGUGAUCCAGAAUGAGAGGAUGAGGUACAGGAGGCGGUGGCGAACAAGGCUCCAGUGGGGGGCCCUCUUGUGUGUGAUGGUCUUCAUCUACGGCUCUCAUGCGCCUCUCAUCGCUCUGAGCAAAGUCAACAACCACGUCCCCUUUGACCCCUCCUCGUGCGUCGUCAUGAUCGAGCUAACCAAGCUGCUCGUCUCUUUCGCCGCUCUCGUUGCAACCGAAGGCACCUCCGCCGUACUUGCCCCUCCCUCUCUGGUGCUUGUAACCCCUUACGCCAUCCCUGCCGCGCUCUACGCAGUCAACAACAACCUGGUGGUCCUCAUGCAGGCCUACAUGGAUCCCAGCUCUUUCCAGGUCCUCAGCAACCUUAAAAUCGCCGUCACCGCUCUGCUUUACUCGCUGUGUCUCGGCAGGAGGCUGCGCUGGGGUCAGUGGUUCAGUCUGGGGCUCCUCGUGGCAGCAGGCGUGUGCCACAGCUACAGCAGCCUGGAUCCGGCGGAGGGGGUCGCAGCAGAGGGCGCGGCCAGGCUUCAUAUCACUGCAUGGGGGCUCUUCCUCAUCCUGGUGUACUGCUGUGUUUCUGGGCUGGCAGCUGUUUAUACAGAAAGAGUGCUGAAGAGCCAGAAUCUUCCGCUCAGCCUGCAGAAUCUCUACCUCUAUGUGUUCGGUGUGCUCAUCAACGGGCUGUCGUCCCUUUCCGCCCUAGCAAGCGACAAGAGCUUUCUGGAAGGAUACUCCUGGACCGUUUGGGCGAUCAUUGCAGGGCAAGCGGCUAACGGCCUCCUGAUGUCUGUGGUGCUGAAACACGGCAGCGGCAUCACGCGACUAUUCGUCAUCUCCUGUUCCAUGCUGGUCAAUGCUUUGUUGUCGUGGGCCUUCUUAGGGCUGCAGCUCACUUUCUUCUUUCUUCUACCCGUUUCCAUGGUCGGCCUGGCAGCUUACCUUUACUAUACAUAGUGAAGUCAUCAUGUAAACGGCCAUCACUGUUGAAAUGUUUGAAUAUUCCUUCUUGCCUUUUCAUCCUGCGCUCUCGUGAAUGUGAAGAGUGGAAUUUGACAUGCCUUUUACAUCUCAUAUACAGUAUUCUCACUGACCACUGACUUACGUAUGACUGUACAAUUCUUUUAUGAUCAUUUCUAUUUUAUUUUGGAUUGACAAAGAUGCAUUAAUUCAUUCAUGUUUGUUAUUGAGGUGUAGCAGUGAUAUAACAGGACCCCAUUGUCUCAUAUUGCGCCUCUCCCAUGUAGCUAAAUACCUCAAUGUUAGGAACUGCCACACCUACAAGAACAGUAGUGAACAUAUUUUUAAUAUAUAUAUUUUUUAAAUAAAAGAAGACAUCUCUGUGUGGAGUUAGCAUCUUCUCCCCUUGCGUGCGUGGGUUUUCUCCGGGUACUCCGAUUUCCUCCCACAUUCCAAAAACAUGCAUGUUAGGUUAAUAGGCGACUCAAAAUUGUCCGUAGGUAUGAAUGUGAGUGUGAAUGAUUGUUUUUCUAUAUGUGCCCUGCGAUUGGCUGGCGACCAGUCCAGGGUGUACCCCACCUCUCGCCCGAAGUCAGCUGGGAUAGGCUCAAGCAUACCCGUGACCCUAGUGAGGAUAAGCGGCAUAGAAAAUGGAUGGAUGGAUAAAGGAAGAAUAUUUCAAACAGCUCCUGGAAUUGAUCUCAUUAGAUUGUGCAUGCGUACCUAAUGAGGUGUCCAGUAGAGUUGCUUUCAUUUCAUUUCACUUUUUUCAUCGUUGCAUCACUGAUGACUAAUGUUAUGGCGUUUAAAGUCAUUUUGAAAAACAAUGCAAAUAAAUAGUAUUUGUCAGUUUUAAGAGUACUAUUUUCUUUGGAGUAUUUUUUUGUUAAAAAAUGAACUAAACAUAAAGCCAAUUAAGUAAUAUACACCAGGGGUAUCCUAACUUUUUCCACGAAGUGCUGCAUACUGAAAAACCUUGAUAUUUUUUAUUUUGUAAAAUAGCCAUAUACAUAUAUACAGUAUAUAUAUUAUGCAUAUAUUUAUUGUAAGCCAAAGCUUUGUGUUAUUGGUAUUAACAUGUCAGCUUUUUCGUUUUUUUUAGCCUUUUUGUUGUAUUUUUCCAUCUUUGCUGGGUUUUAAUUGUAUUUGCCAAAGACUUUGGACACCAAUAAUAUACAAUAUUCACAUGAAAUAUGAAUUAAAAUGUGAAAUAUUUUCUAAUUGCCCAUCAAUUAAAUUGUGAAAUAUAAUUGCAAAUAAUUAUAUUGAAAGUACUUAAUGAAGACUAUUUAAUGAUGUACUGUAUAUGUGUUUCAUACUCAAGUUACUGUAUUUUUAUUUUGAUGGCAUUUAUGCUUGUAUAUUACUUAUCGCAAUGUAAAGCCAUGCCUGACAAAUACAAAUACUGUAAAACGAUGAGCAGGUGCUGAUCAAAAGAAAUGGUCAUGUCCAGUGAAUGUCCAUGUACUUUCAUUGGGUCAUCAAGCCUCUUUCAGUCAUGUUUUGAGGGAAAUACUGUAGCAGCGUGAGGCCCUCUCUUAGUUAGAGUAUCCUUCAGCUCUCCCAGAGCUGCAUAGAAUAGACAUGAAAUGAUUCCUGUGUGACUAACAUUACGGUAAAUGCAGGUUUCAGACACACAAACACACACCUUGACGCAGUCGUUUGUUGUCAGCUUGCAGCUGCUGGUUCUGAGCAGACAGGUAGACGGCAUCCUGCACCGCCUCCAGCAGCACGCUUCUGUAUCUGACCUCUGACAUCCUCCUCACAUCCUUGCUUGACUCAUGGAACCUCCUGAACACCUUCAGUCAGAGAUGAGAAAACAAGAUAAACAGCAGAGUAAGACACGAUUGAUGCAAUAUGAUCAUUACUGCAUAUAGACUCAUGAGGUUAAUAGUCUUGUUUUAGAGUCAUUUCCUGAGUGGCUGCAUGGUGAUGCGUUGUGAGCAAGAAUCACUCGUGACUUGGUGGGUGUCCAUCAAGGUAGAGCACCUACACUAUCAGUCAAAAGUUUUAGAACACCCCAAUUGUUCCAGUUAUUUAAUGAAACACAGUCAGGAGAUUGGUAAAAGGGUGUUCGAAUCUCCGUUGGGUAUCU